AUUUUAUUAUUAUCCAACGCUCACAUUUCAUUUCAACAACAGACAAUUGCAAAAAAUUGCUGCAAGAAAGACUCUGGGAAGGCCUCUUUGAUCUCUUUCUUUUAGGGUUCUUAUUUAAAAUGAAAGCUGCAGAGGAGAAAGGUUUAUCCUUACUGCCCUCUGUUUUACUGCAUCUUUUUCUUGGCCAGUUUCACAGUUAAAAGUAGGUAAAAAGCUGAAGUUUGAGCAAAUGGUCUGAGAGUUUUAUAAUUGGUUCUGGGUGGGUUUGAGCUUUAGCUGUUGGCAAACAGAAUGGGAUACAUAUGUGAGUUCUGUGGGGAACAAAGAUCUGUAGUAUAUUGUCGGUCAGAUGCAGCAAGCUUAUGCUUAUCAUGUGACCGAAAUGUGCAUUCUGCAAAUGCUCUUUCAGAACGCCAUUCAAGGACACUUUUAUGUGAGAGAUGCAAUUCACAGCCAUCCAUUGUUAGAUGUGCUGAGGAAAAGGCAUCUCUUUGUCAGAACUGUGACUGGACAGGGCACCCUAAUUCCACUCACAAGAGGCAAGCAGUCAGCUGUUAUUCAGGCUGCCCUUCAGCUGCCCAACUUUAUAGCAUGUGGCCAUUUCUCUUAGAUUUCCCUAUGGUUGAUGAUUUUGCGUGUGAGCAAGGAAUGGGUUCAAUGAGCAUCACUGAUACCCGUCAAAAUGCCCUAGUUCCAGAAGCAGGAGAGAUUAGUUCUGUAGAACUGUCCACUAUGGUUGAAGGAAGAAGUGUCGUGCCUACUAUAAGUUUGCUCCCUGGUGGGAUGGGAACAUCUAUGAGAACUAUUGACAAGAUAGAACAUCCUACUGGAUCACCAAAGGUUUGCUAUCCUGGAACCAAAGACAUGAGUAUAUACGAAGAGGAUAUUGAUUUAUAUAGGGAUUUGAAUAUGGAUGAAGAUUAUGAAGAAUUAUUUAUUAUGUCACUUAACAAUCCAGAGAAUCCAGGAAUUGAUGACCUAUUUGAGACAGAGGACAUGUCUGUUGCCCAUUCCAGCUGUAAGGGUGCAAAUGCGGUUGAGGGGUCAUCAACGAGGGGCGUACAUGUCAAGGCAAUUCAAGCAGCAUCUGGAGAUUCCAUUAUGAGCUGCUGGACAGAACCACCUAACCCAUGUUUUCGACUGCCCAACAACUUCUCAUUCUCAAACGUCACCGGAGAGAGUAGUGGUGGAGAUUAUCAUGAGGACUGUGGAGCUUCGUCAUUCCGCGAGCCGCCUUCCUCUAGUAGGACUGAUGCUGUGUUGCGCUACAAAGCAAAGAAGAAAACUCGCAAGUUUGAAAAGCAAGUGAGAUAUGCUUCACGUAAGGCCCGAGCUGAUGUUAGGAGGCGAGUCAAGGGACGGUUUGUCAAGCCGGGUGAUGCCUAUGAUUAUGACCCACUAAGCCAAACAAGAAGCUGCUGAGAUGAGAGUAAGUAAACAUUCUCGGCACAUACAUAGUACAGAAUCUAAAGAUUCUUAUCCAAAUAUCGCACUCGGCACUUCAUCAUAUCACACAUUCUGAUCAGAUAAUUGAAGAAACCUCUGUGUAUGUAUUUGUGUGUAUUAUUACUCAUAUGCUAUGUGUAGGAGGAGUUGGAGUAGACACAUCGUUCCCAUCAUCUUAUCAUCUAUAGCUGCAAGCGAGCUUUCAACUUCUCUGUUCCUUUUUUCCAUGUAAUUUUUCGAGAUCAUUUGUGUGAAUAUUAUGUCGUAUCCUACACAACAUGUAGAUGCAAUGAACAUUCUUCACAAUAUAAUGAUACUAGUAGUGGAUUUUGUUUCAUGCUUUAAUUAUAUAGUUACUUCCAUUUUAAUCUAUU